AUCGUCAACACGGUGUGACCUUGUGGGUGCCUUUUCAGAAUGCUGCUGGUAGUGUAACAAAUUUAUAUAAAGAAUGUCUAGAAUCUCAAAAACGUUUUGGUGAUCUUGGAUACCAAUGUGGUUAUCAAAGAAGAAAUAGAGACCUGUUGGCAUGGGCUAAAAAAAGGAAACGUCAUAUUAGACGAGAAGAUUUAAUUGCCUUCUUGACGGGAAAAACACCUCCUUCCCAACGAUCGUGGGUAUCUCCAAGACAAAGGCUGUCCUUAGAAGGCUUGAGAUCUCCUUCUCACCACUCUCGUUUUUCUAUAUCUAACCCUGUCGAACCAGGAAUAUCUUCUAUAGCAUCUGCAGAACCAGACUUGGAAACAUUUCGGGAAGCAUUAGCAUUUUCUAGUAAGUUUUCAUCUACUAAUUAAAGUAUAUAGUUUAGUGUGAAUAAAAGUAAACUAUUGGUUCCCAUCACUAGUAUUUAUCUGGCUGUUUUUAAAAAGAUCUGAUCAUUUUUAGUUUGUAGAGAAAUAAAAUUCUAGAACUGAGCAUGGAAAUUAAAAACAAUUGGAAAAUUUAAAUUGUUCUCUAGCAAAGUCUGUUUUUCAUCAUCAGCUAAUUAAUAUGUUGUAAUUGCUCUUUGUAGUGGUAUUCUGUCA